AUGACUGUCACAGCCUAUCGUUCCAUAUCAUCUAUGGUGCAAUGGAUCCUACGUCCAGUUCCCUCUGCUAUUGAUUGGCUUCUCAUCAGCACAUCCCGAUCCGUGCUGUUCUCCAUUGCUGCCGUGUGGUCAUUUGUCAAAUCAAUUGCAGCACACUGGCGGGAAUUCCUCUCGUCUCAAUAUAUUUCCACAGCAACAAAACUGUGGAGCAAAAUCAUCGUUCGAGUGUUCCAGGUGUUCUCCGGCAUCAAGGUGGUAGAAAGCCUUAAUGACCAAAUAAGGGAGCUCAAAGAGAAGAUUGCCAUGAACAAAGCCCAAUUGGAACAGAAGGACAACAUCAUCACUGCCAACAACAAGCAGCAUGCUGAUGAUAUGGCAAAGGAACAAGAACGAUCUCGUGAUGAACGCGUCAAACUUCUCCAAGUCCAGUGGGCCCAAGGGGCAGAGCUUGAAAAGACAGACGAAUACCAUGCCCGUGCAGAAUAUUGUGAACAGCGGGUACAAAAACUGCAAAAGAAGACUUUCGAGCAACGGUCUGAGGCCGACAAGCGAGAUGAAGUUGCUCAGCGGAGAAUACAGAAGCUGGCAAGUCAGCUUGAGCAAACAAAGACCGCCCUUGCUACCUCAGGACAGGCAAACCAAGGAAUGCAGGAUUGCAUACAAAAGCUUAGUUCAGACGCCAAAAAGUCCGAUAUCAAGAUCCAGACCCUCAUUGCAAACAAUGCUCGACUCAGCUCAAAUGUCCUGGAGCUCGGUGCCGAAAACGCACGUCUGAAACAAAGUCUCCAAAGCGCCUCUGAACAGAAUGAGCACCUCAGUUCUGCCAAUGCACUUCUCAGAAAUGAGAGAGAUGUCGCUGUGGAGAACUGGGAGAUCAUCGCCAGGCAGAAAAAAAAUGCUGGAACUGGAGCUCAAUGA